UGCUGUUUUCGGGGAAACACUGUAGGCUUUUGUAAGGGGUCCGUCACGAGGAAAGAGAGCUCACAUGUAAGUGCACCUGUUUUUCCGGGACACAGGGCAGUUUGUCAUGGAGCACCACACCCUCCCCGACGCGAAGUCCUUCAUCCUGACCCCGGACCACCUGGGGGGCAUCCAGUUCGACCUGCAGCUUCUCUGGAGUGCUCAGACCUUCGACUCCCCGAAUCAGCUCUGGAGAGCCACGAGCUCUUACAACAGGAAGGACUACUCGGGCGAGUACAGCAUCUACCUGGUCCCCUGCACGGUGCAGCCCACGCAGCCCUGGGCCGACCCCGGAGAGAAGCCGCUGCCCUGCACCGCGCACACCGCCGAGAGAUUCCUGAUUCCCAUCGCGUUCCAGCAGACCAACCGCCCGGUGCCGGUGGUGUACUCGCUCAACACCGAGUUCCAGCUCUGCAACAACGAGAAGGUGUUUGUCAUGGACCCCAGCACCUCCGGCAUGUCCCUGGCGGAGAUGGAUUACAAGGGGGCCUUCUCCAAAGGGCAGACGCUGUACGGCCGCGUGCUGUGGAGCCCCGAGCAGAACCUGCACGCGGCGUACCGGCUGCGGCUGGAGCAGGUGUACCUGUGCACCGGCCGCGACGGCCACGUGCCCUUCUUCGACCCCACCGGCACCGUCUACAACGAGGGCCCGCAGUACGGCUGCAUCCAGCCCGCGCGGCACCUGCAGCACCGCUUCCUCCUGCUGGACCGCAGCCAGCCAGAGGUGACGGAUAAGUACUUCCAUGACGUGCCUUUCGAGGCUCACUUUGCCUCUGAGCUGCCCGACUUCCAGGCGGUCAGCAGCAUGCCGGGCGUGGACGGGUUCACGCUGAAGGUGGACGCGCUCUACAAGGUGGAGGCCGGGCACGAGUGGUACCUGCAAGUGAUCUAUGUCAUCGGGCCGGACAGCGUCCCGGGGCCCCGUGUCCAGCGCUCUCUCGGGGUCCCCCUGGGGCGGCGGCGGCCCCGGAGGGACCUGGACGACCCGCUGGUGUAUGACAACGAGGGCGACCGAGUCAGGAACGGCACCAACAUGAAGUCCCUGAGCCUGGAGGGGCCCGAGCCGGCGGCGGCCGCCACCUCCCUGGCCCAGGCGGGCGCGUCCCUCGGCGGGGCCCUGGCCGCGGCCAUGCUCCUGCUCCUGGUGGCCCUGGUGGCUUGUGUGGCCACCAGGCAGUGCCAGGAGAGGAGGAGGAGGAGGAGGAGGAAGAAACAGCCCCCCGAGGAGGAGGAGGAGGAGGAGGAUGCUCUGCAGGCCCAGGCUCUGCGCAGCUGCAAGGUGGCGGCCGCGGGCAGGUGCAGCCCGGGCCGCGUGGAGAGGGACAGGGACAGGGGCUGCCCCGCGUGGGACGCCGGCCUCGGCGCCAGAGUGAGGAGGCUGAGCCCGGAGGCCAGAGCCCACGAGGAUCUGCAGGACGGGACGGAAGUGUGAUGGGCAGGGCCCCCACCCCGUGCAGUUUUGCUCUGCUCUGUUUUUCCCAGAGUCUCGGUGUUUUUUUUAUAUAAAGCUGGGGCCGGGUGGGGAGGGAGGGGGGAAAGGGGAAAUUGCUGGUAUUUUUGUAUCGGUCUUGCAGAGGGGAAAGAGGAAAAGAGAAAUAGAAAGGGAAGGGGACAGUCGAGGACGGCGGGCGCCACACCCGUAGGCUGGCAGGUGAGCUGCCUGGAGGAGCAGAG